GGCUGAGGCCAGCGAAGGUCGCCUCGGCUUCGACUCGUACACCUUGCUCGCUGCUUCCUUGCUCGUUCUAGUUUGCGUGCCAUGUCUUAUUUCCUCCCUCACCUUCCGUCUGGCUGGCACGUCGACGAAGCCAUCAAGUCCGAGGAAGAUCGCGUCGUCCAGUGCAUGACGAUGGACGAGACCCUCUACUCGGUCGCGGAGAAAGUGCAGAACUUCGCUGUCAUCUACCUCGUCGACAUCACGGAGGUGCCUGAUUUCAACAAGAUGUACGAGUUGUACGACCCCUGCACAGUCAUGUUCUUCUAUCGGAACAAGCACAUCAUGAUUGAUCUCGGGACUGGUAAUAAUAACAAGAUUAAUUGGGCAAUGGAUAAUAAACAGGAGUUAAUUGAUAUCAUCGAGACAGUCUAUCGAGGUGCGUCCAAAGGACGCGGUCUUGUCGUAUCUCCCAAAGACUAUUCCACUCGUUAUAGGUACUAAUUGGGACAGCGCGUCCGUUGCCCUCCUCUCCACCCCUUGUCAUCUUCCUCAAAUGCGGUUAAUUGUCGCCAUGUACUAGUACGAGUCUACUUUCCUUCCGGGGUAAUUUAUAAUAUCAUCAGCGGGACAUGCACGGCAUCUGAGAUGCAGCAAGUGACACUAGUUGUAUGUCUUCUGGUGCGCUUCAGAAGUCCUAAUCGUCGU